CAAACACGCCUGCACUCACAUUUGCGCGUGCACACCCGUCAGUGGGAAGAGGAGAGGCUCGUACUGAGGGGCUUCUCAAUGGGAGAAAAGAGAGGAGAGAGCACGAGAGAGAGAGAAAGCGUGCCACACUGAAGUGCCGUCGCAUGUGUAGGACCAAAAAGUGAAGCUUGUUUUCUUUAAGGAGACAUUUUACCUUCAAGGAGAGAGUGGGAGGCUGAGAAUUAGGAAGAAUAUAUUGCUUCUCUGCUGAUUUAAAGCUGUCAUGUCAAGCUAUUCGUCUCUCAAAUCUCAGCUAGUUUCUGACAACGUAUUGCAGCUGUGAAGAGAGAAUUUGGUGUGGGAACUUGACUGUUUAGAGGAUUGCUGGAAGACUUACAACGAGAGGGGCUCAGGGCGGGAAAAGGGCUUCUCACUGUGACCCGCGGAUCCGAACAGGAACUUUGCUGGGGGAGCUCUGUCCCGAGAGCAUGGAUGGAUAUGUGACAAUGUUCGUGUGAGGAUUUUUAUAGGAACGUUUAAAGCAGAUUAAUUUGGCAUUCUUCUGACAGCAUCUCACAGCUAGUGCUCCUGCCAUGUCCUGGUUUCUUGGUCUGUGGAUAAGUGUUAGCUGCCUACUGCUCUGCCACGCCACUUUGUACGAAACCAUUCAACAGCAUCAUGUGACCCGUCCGGGCCGCAACGCCAUACAGAUUCUGGAGGGAGGAACAUGUGAGGUCAUCGCAGCACACAGAUGUUGCAACAAGAACCGCAUUGAAGAACGCUCGCAGACGGUGAAGUGCUCGUGUUUACCGGGAAAAGUGGCCGGGACUACACGAAACAAACCCUCUUGUGUAGACGCUUCUAUCGUGAUUGGGAAAUGGUGGUGUGAGAUGGAGCCGUGUUUGGAGGGGGAGGAGUGUAAGACUCUACCUGAUAACUCCGGCUGGAUGUGUUCCUCUGGGAACAAGAUCAAGACCACAAGGAACACGCAGCCAUAUUCAACAUUUUAGCUCCGAGGGGCUCAGCAGAAGCUCAGCGGCGUCCCUCUACUCCUUAAGAUUCAUCCCCGGACCUAACAAAGAGCUCCUUCACAGGCAGUGAAUGCUGAUCCUCCGUCGAAAUGGAAGAAACCAUUACAUCAAAUGGGUGUAUUUGACUGGAUUGCCUGUGACUACACAAUAAAUAAGGACAUUUCAUGGAGAUAAAGACAGGAUUUGCUCAUUCGGUGCCAAGGAAUAUCAAAAAUCGUAUAAAUAAAGCAGUCUAAUCUGUGUUUUCGAGCCCGGCGUCUUGGACACCGACAGCUUUUCUCUUGACCGAUUUCCUCUGGUCCUAAAAUCAGACAGCUUAGUGGGGCCGUUUACCGGAUUUAAAAUUAUAUUUGAAGACUUUACCACACCUUAGGUAAACCGGACAAUCCCGACAUCAGCUGUGAACGACUGUCUGGAGGAUUACAGUGGAUAAGGUCUGAGAAAACGAGGUGGAAAUCAAUAGGAGAUAUCGUCAUCCCUCUCUCAUUUUGUCUUUUCGCCAUCCACGCCGGAUUUUAAUAGACUAUGAGCUUGUGAAAUCCCCCCCACUUCACUCCGUUUCUGAGUUUACUGCUUGCCACUGAGUCCACGCACACUGUUCGUUUGGGAUACCCCGGGGGAAAGGUCACAUCCCUGUCUACACCUACUUCGGCAAGAUAUCGUUUUAUUUGUCGGCAUGCUCGGUGUAUUCUGUGGGAGCAUUGUUUUAAAAGUAACUGUAUAUAUUUCUGUAUAUAUACUUAUAGAUGCAUAUUAAAAGAUGUCAUAUGAAGACCUUACAUGCCCUUAAAACCUGUCCAGUGGGUUAAAACAAUGUAAUUCCUGACUGUAUUCAUGGUUUUGGUUUUCAAAACGAGAUAAACAAUUCAUUCCCAGUUAAAAAUAUGUAUUCUCUUGUCGUAAUGGACAUUAUGCAUUUUUUGCUUGAAAUGAGAGUGGUGGAAAUGGACACAAUGGCUAAACACAGUCCACAGUUACUUAUCUAAAGGCAGAUAACUAAAUUCACCCCAUGUUUCAAUCUGUUUCAUGCUGUUUUGAGAAUAGAUAGGCAUCAUAAUGCUUGUGUGAGUUUCAUCAAUUCAACACAAUCAAAGACGUUUGGCUUGUUAAAGACAUUUUACAUUGGAUCUGUGUCGCUGGACCGAGACGUGAUUCAGUUCGGAUAAAAGAAGCCCUUUUAUAUAUAUAUAUAUAUAUUUUAAGUUGGUGGGGUGUAUAGGGAAGCGGAGUUUUGUUUUAAAGAUAAUGCUUGGCAGCUUGUGAGUUGUCUACCGAAUCUCCAUACAGUAUUAAUUCAGAAGGAUAUUACCACAUGUUUAGCACUGUAAUUGACAUUUAAAGUGUUCUGCUUUGCCGUAUAAUGUGUUUGUCAAGGUGAAAAAGAUUAUUGACAAGUGAUGGGCUUCAUUUCUCUUUACUGGAAUCAGUCUAGACAUGCAAUUGCCGAAACCCUGGACCCUUAUAGAUUAACGUGCAGCCUUAUCAGACGCAAAUCAAUAU